AUGAGGACAAUCGUGGUCUGGGCACUGGCCCUAGCGCUCGUGUGCCCGGCAGUGGUCGCGAGGCCCAACCCCGCGGAACAACCGAUCUAUCUCCGGAGGCGCAGCAACCCGCUCGAGAUCGUGGAGGAAAGCGUCGAAGCCAGCGGAUCCCACCAGCAGCCAGCGGACGAGACAGGGAACGGCAGCACCGAACGGGUGGCCACCGACACCACCACCAGCGUGGCCAGCCCCGACUCCACGAGCCCCGCGAGCACCUCCGCCAGCGACAGCACGCCCGCCAGCGAUCAGCGGCCAACGCAUCAACCCAGCUUCGCGCUCAAGCGGCCGAGCGGCGAGCUGCUGAAGACGAAGAUCGGCACGUCGGGCUUCGUGGUGUCGACCAGCACGAAGGUGCUGACCGGCGGCGCACCAGGAAGCGGUGGGCCGGCCCCCAAACCAGCCCGGCCAGCGGAGGGCGAGGGGAAGGCCAACGAUCAGCUAACCCUCUUUGAUCGCUACACAGGGCACGUCGGCGUAGCGGAACCGCUGACGGACGAGGAGUACCAGAAUGAGCUGCACCGGGCCACGGAACGGGCACCGCUGCGGACGACCACCACCCCACGGGAGGGGCUCUCCACGUGGGUGCUGCUGUCGGGCAGUGACACGACGGACGCGAAGGACGAUUCGACCAGCCCCAGCAGCAGCAGCACCCGCAAAGCGUCCAUCGCGGUGACGUCGUCGACGACGACCCCAAGUACGACAAAGCGCUACCAACCAACGGUCCGGCGGGGACCACUUCCGACCACCACUACCGCGCGCCCGGCGAAAACGACAACCGUGGCGGCCGAGGAGAAAAAGGAGAAGCCUGGCAAGCCGCUGCCGAAGCAGAAAGUAGCCGCCGCCACCACCACACUGAAGCCGGUGGUCAUUGUGAAGAAGGCCAAGAAGCCACUUCCGGUGGCACCGGGCACGACGACGACGACCAGCACCACCACCACACCGGCCACAACAUCCGCGGCAUCGAGCACCACCGAAAAGAUGCUGAGUGCCUCCGUUACGGACGCACCCUCCGCUGACGAGUCGAUCGAGUCGUCCACAUUCCUGAUCCUCGAGCCGAAAGACGCCAUGUUCGAUCUGCCCGAGGACCGUUCACCGACGAAGGUCGCCGCGAUGCCGAAGCCCAAGAAGGGCGCCACGCGCAAACCGAACGCCAAACCGGGGACGAAGAAGAAGCCGGGUCAGAAGAAAACGCGCAAACCCGAGAUUAAGGAUGGCGUCGCGAAACCACCGACCAAGAGCAAGCCGGUGUCGACGCAGAUCAUCAACUAUCUGUCGCGCGAGGUGAUGCCGACGGUCGGCGUGGGGUUGGUGGGGCUGGUGAUGGCCGCUGGCCUAGCGUCGUACUUCCUGGGCAGCCCGCUCGGGGCGCUCCGGCGUUCGGACGAUCGGAAGGACGAUCUGUAUUACUCGAACUACGAAGAGUACGCCGGGACGCAGGACGGGCAGAACGAAGAGGACGUGUUCGGGAAGCUGAUCGCCGGCAUGCCGGACCGCUCGUACUACCGCAACGGUGGGGGCAACGUGCGGCGCCGCAUAGCCACCAGCCAGCCGGUCCGCACCGGUCACCAAUACUACCACGUGCAGCCGUACACCGGUAACAAGUAUCCGCACAUUACGUACCGCAACCGGGCAUACGGGGGGGCCACCGGGCCGGAGAUGUACUCCAACAUCAAUCGGCAGUCGGGCGGUGGCGGAUCGGUGGUGCCGGCGCCGGUGAUGCCGCAGGCGAAAUCCCAGAACAGCCUGGAGUUCCAUUACACCCCACCGACACCAUACUAUCCGCCGAGCCGCGCCGACAUGUCGACGCCCGCCGUACGCCCCCCCAGUGCCCCGGUGUACAGCUCCCCGGCCACGACCACGACCGAAGCGGCGGCGGCGGUGGUUCCGGAUCACGAGCUAGCCAGUCCCGAGCGGCUGAUGGAACCGGCGGACCACGAGAUGAUGCCCCACCCGGAGGCUUACUCGGCCGAGCACAGCCCCGAGCACCACGCACACUACGUGGUCGGUGGCACCGGUCCCAGCGGAUACUCGGACGCCAUGCUGGAAAUGAUUAACGCCGCCUCGAUGCCGGAGCACGGACCGCGCAAGAAACGAUCGACGUCCGAAGAGUCAGAAUCGGAUCUGGACAACGAAAUCAACGUCGAUGACGACGAUGACCGGGCGCAGGAUGCCGCGACACCGGCGAAGGAUGUGGUUCCCGAGACGACCCACGGGGAGGGCGAACCGACGACGGAAGAAAUGAUGGUGGUGGGCGACGGGCCCCCGGGACACCGUUACACAUGGGGCGACUUCAUCCGCAACACGGUCGAGCGGAAGGUCGCGAUGGGCAUUAGCUUCCUGAAGCACGUCACCCAGGACUUCCAGCGGUACCUGAACGGGGUGCAGGAUCGGUUCGAGGGCCGUCAGUAG